AUGGAGUACAGGAAGGGAAAGGAGGAGGAGAAGCGCACCAAGAACACACCACCUGCGGCAUCUACGAGGAGUUCUCGAUCAACCACCAAACGGACAGAAGAAGUCAUCAAGGAUGGCACUACGCAGAGAAGCCUUCGUUCCAUGAUGCAAGCUUCUGCAAAAAAGACGACAACCACAUCUACAACAACGGCAGCUACACGAACAACAAGCACCACAUCUAGUAGCACCAUUCUCACGGAAUCCAUUACCACUAUUGAUGACAUUGACAAAACUGCAAGCAAGGUACACCAGGACGAACAGGACGAACAGGACGAACAGGACAAACAGGACGAGCAGGACGAGCAGGACGGAGAGUUCGAGACCCAGGACGACGAUGACACACUCAUCAACCGUGACCCUCAGGUGCAGACGGGCCAUGUUCAAAUAGUACUGGAGAAGUGCGAAGUAGUUACCGUCGAGACCUCAGUUGAGCAGCAAGCAGAGCAAAAGUCAGAUGAUGCUGGAGAGGACAGCGUCGUGCCUAUCCAGGAAGGAUCCCCGCGCAGGCCGGCUGUUCGCAAGGGGGCUGUGGAGCCAGUUGCAAAGGACACGGUCCAUGUGGAAGAAGAGGAAGACGAGGACAACAUUCAUCCAUUGGCCCGAACAGUAGUCAAAUCGACCACGCGCCCAAUUCACAGGAAGUCUCAUACGGAUGACACCAGCAACCACGACUCGACCGACAAAGCACACCAGCCAGUCAAUAUACCAUCCAAGAGUCCUCGUAAAAUCGUUAUCCAGGAGUCGAACAUGCCCGAAACCGUUUUGCCUCUCCCAAGUCAUAUGAACGCCAUGUUUGAACUCUUCAAGGGCCUGGAACAAGUUCUAGAGUUCACAAAGCGGCAGGGCCAGCUCUGUUUCUAUCACAAACUCAGGAAGCAUGUCGAACUCCAGUCCGGCCGGAAUUUUGAGAUCAAGCACCUUGCGCAACUAAAGACGAUUUUGCCUGAAGGAUACAAGCUAACGGAGGCACCUUGUUUAUUCGAGGGUGCCAAGACCCGCUCCAUCUUGAUCGACAUGCCGACGCUGAAGGACGAGUCUGAAGGCAACUUUAUCCCAGAGAAUGAAAAGAGGCGGAAACUGUUUGUGGGGCGUCUCUACGACCGCAUCAUAUCACACCAUCAGACAUUCCUUUCAUCUACAACGCCUCAUCGGACCGACACAUAUCCAUACGAAUGGCACCCUGAUUUUGACCUGGAAACCGUGGCGCCUGUUGAAGAAACCGACAUUCCGCUUUUAAAACCUACUGUCGUGGAUUCAUCCAAGCUGAACCUGAGAAACCUCGGGGUACGGAGGGAGAUCGUAAGGGUACCGGCAAAGACGGUUACGAUUAAUCCGGAGGACGGCCCAUCGACAUCGCGGGAGAAGCUACAACCUGUCACGGCAGCCGACUUUCCACCUGAGGCCCCCGUCACCAAGGCUCUUACGGCUUUGGAGCAACUCAAGGAGCGGAUUCGGCAAAAGCAACUGGAAAAGAAGGACCAAGGACGAGGAAUGGCGACCCCAGAGGAGAAACGACAGGCGUUGAUUGCAUCUCGACUGCCUGCUGUGUUUGACUUGAUCCGGUUCAAGCGUGUGGAUGUGCUCUCGCUCAAGGCCCUGACGGAACAGGUGGUCAAGAGUUCACGACAGCCCAUCUCUGAAAUCGAGGGCAGGGAGAGUUUAGAGAUGAUGGCCAAGGUCUUGCCUGAAUGGUGCACUGUCUUUGGAACAAACGAUGGUGUCAAAUACUUCAAGGUGACCCGGGACGAUGGACACGGCAACAAGAUCUUGCACGAUGAACGAGCCCUCCGAACCCGGUUGGUCACAAAGAGCACGUCGGGUCUUUGA